UGAAAGUUCGCAUUUGUUUUAAGUCGAUCCGUCUAGUUGGUCCUGAAAAUAUUCCGGUCGGUGAAAAACUGGUGAAAAACGGGUUUUAUUUAAGGAAAUAAUAUUAUUUAAAAUACUUAGGUAAGAUGAGAGAAAUCGUGCAUAUACAGGCUGGGCAGUGCGGCAAUCAAAUAGGAGCAAAGUUCUGGGAGGUCAUAUCGGACGAGCAUGGCAUCGAUCCAACUGGCACAUACCACGGUGACUCCGACCUUCAGUUGGAGCGUAUAAACGUAUAUUAUAACGAAGCAACCGGAGGCAAAUAUGUACCGCGAGCCAUUCUGGUGGAUCUUGAGCCAGGCACUAUGGACUCAGUUCGAUCUGGACCUUUCGGCCAGAUUUUCCGUCCAGAUAACUUCGUCUUCGGCCAAUCAGGUGCUGGUAAUAAUUGGGCGAAAGGACAUUAUACUGAAGGAGCAGAAUUAGUGGACUCUGUCCUUGAUGUUGUAAGGAAAGAAGCGGAAGGUUGCGAUUGUCUUCAAGGCUUCCAGUUAACCCACUCACUUGGCGGUGGUACAGGGGCAGGAUUAGGAACACUUCUAAUUUCAAAGAUUAGAGAGGAGUACCCUGACCGAAUCAUGAAUACAUUUAGCGUUGUCCCGUCCCCAAAAGUGUCUGAUACUGUUGUCGAGCCAUAUAAUGCCACACUCUCUGUACACCAGCUGGUAGAAAACACUGAUGAGUCUUACUGUAUUGACAAUGAAGCUUUGUACGAUAUUUGCUUCCGAACACUGAAACUGACCACACCUACGUAUGGAGAUCUAAACCAUUUGGUAUCGGCUACGAUGUCUGGUGUUACCACCUGUCUGAGAUUCCCCGGUCAAUUAAACGCUGAUCUGCGAAAGCUUGCUGUGAAUAUGGUUCCAUUCCCUCGUCUCCACUUCUUUAUUCCUGGAUUUGCUCCACUAACGUCUCGUGGCAGUCAGCAGUACAGAGCUCUGACAGUUCCAGAAUUGACACAGCAGAUGUUUGAUGCAAAGAAUAUGAUGGCUGCUUGCGAUCCUCGCCACGGUCGUUACUUAACUGUCGCUGCAGUAUUCCGAGGUCGUAUGUCUAUGAAGGAAGUCGACGAGCAAAUGAUGAACAUCCAGAAUAAGAAUUCUUCGUAUUUCGUUGAAUGGAUUCCAAAUAACGUGAAGACAGCUGUAUGUGACAUACCUCCUCGUGGUUUGAAGAUGUCUGCAACAUUUAUUGGGAACUCUACAGCUAUUCAAGAGCUGUUCAAGCGAAUUUCGGAGCAAUUUACGGCUAUGUUCCGACGUAAGGCAUUCUUGCAUUGGUAUACUGGUGAAGGGAUGGAUGAAAUGGAAUUUACUGAAGCAGAGAGCAACAUGAAUGACCUGGUGUCAGAAUAUCAGCAGUAUCAAGAAGCUACGGCUGAGGAAGAGGGAGAGUUUGAUGAAGAGGAGGAAGGUGGUGACGAGGGAGACUAGACGUUUUGUUAUGAUGCGUUUUGUUAAGAUGUUACUUAUUAUAUUAUGUAUUUUUAA